GGUUCACACUGUAGGAGGACUGCAAACGUCACUUUGUCUCUCACCCCAGUCAACACGGCCAAACUCUUGAGUCUUCUAAAAGACUCAAAAAUUCCAAUUCCGUGUCCCCCCUUUGACCCUCCACUGCAAUUAUCUUUGACAGAAACCAUCUUCAUCUAUUAGAACCAUGCCUUGUUCAUAGCACCUGUCACAAAAAUCUCAGCUUCAAAAUGAGGCAUGUCUAUGUACCCAGUUGCUCUCUCUUUCUCUUCUUCUUCUCCUUCUCCAUUGAAUCAGCUCUCUCUCAGCUAGCUCCUGAGCAAAGACAUAUCAUGCUUAGUAUCUCCUCUCACAUUUGGAACACCUCUAAUCCUGACCCAUGUAAAUGGAAGGGAGUGACCUGCAAUGGAAAUUCUGUAACAGAGAUUUCUCUCUCUGGUGUUGGCAUUAACAGUAGUAGUGUUUUAACCACUUUUUGCCAGCUGGGUUCUCUUCAAAAGCUCGACUUUUCAAGGAACAGUGUCAAAGAGAUUCCUCCUGGUUUCACAAACAGCUGUAGUGGUUUGAAGGUCCUUAAUCUUAGCAGUAACGGCCUCUCCGGAAAUAUACCUCCUUUUGAUGGUAUGCUCAGUUUGGAGACUCUUGACUUGUCUGCAAAUUCUUUGGAGGGAGAAGUGAGUCUUCAAUUUGAUGGGUUGGUGGGGCUCAAGAGCCUCAAUUUGAGCUCUAAUUCAUUGGGUGGUUCUCUUCCUUUUUCUCUUGGAAAAGCCAUGGCCUUAGAGGAGUUGCAUCUCUCUGCUAAUCAUUUUGUGGGGAGGAUCCCUGAGAAGAUCUUUGACUAUACCAAUCUAAUACUAUUGGAUCUUAGUGAAAACAAUGUUUCUGGUUCCUUGCCUCAUAGUAUAGGUAAGCUUUCCAAGCUCAAAUUCCUUGUUCUUUCAACGAAUAAACUGGUUGGAACAAUCCCUCAGAGUCUACUGAACAUCCCGACUCUUUUCAGGUUUGCUGCUCACCAAAAUGGAUUUACAGGCACAAUUCCAUCAGGGAUCACUUCAUCUCUUCAUGUAUUAGACCUUAGCUUCAACUAUUUAGAGGGCCUAAUCCCAUUAGACCUUCUCCCUCCUGUGAAUUUACAGAGUGUGGAUCUCAGUUCCAAUCGCUUAGUUGGGCACAUCCCUAGGAAUCUAUCAAAGAGCUUAUUUCGGCUUCGUCUAGGAGGCAACUUACUGAGUGGGAGCAUCCCUUUAACAGUGGGAGAGCUUCCAUACUUGACAUACUUUGAGGUGGAUGACAACAACUUAUCAGGAGAGAUUCCAUUGGAAUUGCAGAGAUGUAAGAGUCUCAGUCUCCUGAACCUUGCUAAUAAUGCUUUGAGUGGAUCAGUGCCACCCCAACUUGGUAAUCUCAGUGAGCUAGGUGUUUUGAAGCUUAAUAGAAAUAAUCUCCGUGGUGAAAUUCCCAAGGAGCUAUCCCAACUUCAAAAUCUCUUCACUUUAAAUCUCAGCCAGAAUUCACUCUCUGGUAGAAUCCCUGACACAAUUUUUCAAUUACCGAAGCUUCAAUUCUUGGACUUAGGGGGUAACAUGCUUAAUGGAUCAAUACCUUCUACUGCCCAUAAUUCAAACUCUUUGUUAGAACUUCAAUUGGGAAACAAUAGAUUGACGAACCCCAUUCCAUUGAUGCCUCCUAGAUUAUCAUUGACCCUAAACCUGAGCAGCAACCUUUUUCAAGGAAGAAUACCCAAUUCCUUACAGGAUUUGAGAGACCUAGGUGUGUUAGACCUUUCUCACAAUGAAUUCACUGGUGAAGUCCCCCUUUUCCUGACCCAGAUGGGAUCCCUAAUGCUCCUUAUACUAUCAAACAAUAGGCUUUCAGGAACUCUUCCCCCUUUCACAAAAAAUGUGAUGGUCAAUACCACUGGUAAUAAAGACCUCCUCAUACCUAAUCCCCAUCCUACCAGCCCAGGCAAGAAAAGUUCUUCGCAUGCUAUUUUGACAGUGGUGGCAAUUAUUGGUGCUAUAUCAGCUCUUGGGCUAGUGGUGUUUGUCUUGUUUCUUUUAAGACGUGCUUAUCGAGUGGAUACUGGGGUUUCAGAGAUGGCUGAAGAGCAACCACAGGUUAUUGAAGGCCAUCUUCUCACAGCCAAUAGCACCCACAAGUCUAAUAUUGACUUUGAGAAGGCAAUGGAAGCAGCCUCAGAUCCCACUAAUAUCAUUUUGAAGAACAAAUUUUCCACCUAUUACAAGGUCACCAUAUCUUCAGGGACGAGUUACUGUGUUAAGAAGCAUAACUGGAGCGACAAGAUUUUCCAUUUGAGGAAUUACAGGAAAUUCAGGGAAGAGCUAAGCACCAUCGCAAAGCUGAGUCAUUCAAAUGUUGUAACACCUUUGGCCUAUUUCUUGACUAGUGAGAGUGUUUAUCUUUUCUAUGAAUAUGUUCAUAAAGGGACCCUCUUUGAAUUUCUUCAUCAAAGGGUUGAGGCAGUGCUUGAUUGGCCAUGCCGCUAUUCCAUUGCCCUGGGUUUGGCUCAGGGUCUCGCUUUCCUUCAUGGAUGCACUAACCCAAUCCUCCAUCUUGACCUCUCAACAAGGAGCAUAUUUUUGAAGUCAAAUAGUGAACCUUUAAUUGCUGAUAUUGAACUCUGCAAGAUCAUUGAUCCAUCGAAGAGCACUGGGAGCCUCUCCACUAUUUCGGGUUCUGUUGGUUACAUUCCUCCAGAAUAUGCAUACACAAUGAGAAUCACAACGCAUGGUAAUGUCUACAGUUUUGGUGUUAUCCUACUGGAACUGUUGACAGGAGAGCCUGCUGUUUGCAAAGGCAGAGAGUUAACAAAGUGGGUUAUGGACACUCCUUCUCGAAAUGAAACUUGGGAAUCGAUCCUGGACUCCAGAAUUAGCAGUUCGUCGACUUCCAUUCAAUACCAGAUGCUGCAGAUCCUUAAGGUUGCUCAAGCUUGUGUUAGUGUCUCAUGGAAUGCAAGACCCAAAAUGAGAACUGUAAUAAGAAUGCUCCAAAAUGUAAAAUAGAACCUCCUAAAUUACAAUUUGACAAAGGAAAUUAUAGAUUCGCCUAGUUAAUUAUGGGCCAUCAGGUAUAAUCUCAACUUUUGAUCAGUGCUAAUUUAUAUUACACAGUAAGGAUUUCUUUG